AUGAAGACGGCAGUACUGCUUUCGGCGGCGUCGUUGGCGGCUGCGUUUGUGAUUCCGGGGAAUGACCAGCAGCUUCUCGAGGCGUUGACGAAGGAUGUUACGACUACGACUGGUGGUAUUGCGUCCGCUCCCGAGGAGGUGGUUCCACCAAAGGGAAAACUCGGUCACCAUCACGACGACGAAGACGAGAAGAGCGGUUUUUCAGCUGGAGUUGAUGUGAAGCAAAAGUGGAAUCGUGUUGCUGGAUUUGCGGAUGGAUUGGAGAAGAGUGUGAUGCAGUUUGAGGAGGUUGAUUUGGAGUGGUUGAGAAGAUCGGAUGAGCGGCCUUUUGGACGGGAGAUGGGGAUGGAGAAGCAAAAGCACCACAAAGAGGAGAAGCAUGGCAAGAAAAAGCAUCACAAGGGUGAGCAUGCUCCAGAGCACGAAGUGGAUGAGUUCGACAUCCCCGCAUGCCCUCAUCACGCCGGUCCCCGCGGUCAUGGCUUCUUUUCAAAGGCUUUUGGUCGGUUGAAGCACAUACUCGGUUUCCCAGCACCGAUGUUUGAUGGCCCUCAUGGCCCUCAUGGCCCUCAUGGUCCUCAUGGUCCUCCUGGUCCCCCUCCUCACGGCCCUCACCAUGGUCACGAAGAACCUCCCACCAGCACCAUCUACGAGCAAAUCUCCAAGAGCAAGCACACUCGCAUCUUCACACACAUCAUCAAUCAAUACGAUGAAGUAGUGAAAUACCUCAACUCAACCUCUGCCAACUAUACCAUCUUUGUCCCCAUAGACGCUGCAUUCGAAGGUUUCGAUCACCAGCAUCACAACAUCAGCAAGAAAGCCAUUCUGCACUGGCUUGAGUAUCACAUCUCGCCGGAGGUUUAUACCAUCCACGACUUUUUCGAUGUCCAGACUGUGCCGACUCUGACACACGAGGAGACCAAGAGCAAAUUCCCGCAGCGUAUCAGCACCUCAUUCACCCACAAGGGAUUGACGCUGAACUUCCACUCACACGUCAUCCGUCAUGACAUUCACGCCACAAACGGUGUAAUCCACGCAAUCGACAAACUCAUCAUCCCCGCCCUCUCCGCCAAAACCGUCAUCGACCUCGUCCCCUCGCUCUUCAGCACAUUAGACCUAGCACUCGUCAAGACCGGUCUCAUCGACGUUCUCGACCCUAAAAAAUCCAAGAUCGGCGGUACACUCUUCGCGCCUACAAACAAGGCAUUCGCAAAGUUGCCGACUAAAGUGAACGCAUUCCUGUUCAGCGCGCCAGGCCAGAAGUAUCUCAAGGCGUUGCUGAAGUACCAUAUCGUGCCUGGUCAUACAGUUUUCACAGAUGCGUAUUACAAAGCCAAGGGUGACGAUGAGGAAGAUGGUUUGCUUGCUAAGAAACACCUUGACGUCCCGACCUACCUCGACAAGAAACCCAUUGCCAUCGACAUCCGCAAUUUCCAUCGUCUGACUCUGAUGACAGUCAACAAACACACGCCCGUUUCGGUCGCCAAUGUGCCUGUCAAGGAGGGUGUUGUGCAUUUGGUGUCGUCCAUUCUGAUCCCGCCUCAUAAGCAUGACCACGAUGCCGAUGUCCCUGAGAUCGAGCAGAAGGGACACGAGCACGAACAUGAACAUCAUGAACUCACCGUCCAAGAACUGAUGGAUCGACUAGAGGCGUAUGUCGAGUAA